AUGUCUGUUUCAGUUCCAGAGCUUUUCACUGAACCAUACCUACAUACUUUCAAAUCGUUUCCUCUUUAUAAAUCAAACUCUUUUGUUAUUUGUAUUGGUCGUUUCAAUAAUGAUGAAAAUUGGAAUAUCCCUUUUUAUUUAAUAAUUGUCGUAGAUAUUAAUUAUAUUAAUAUUGAUAACCAUUAUCUUUUAAAUUCUCAACCUUUGUUACAAGAUGUGGUGAAUGAAAAUUUUUUAUUUACAGAAUUUGAACUCAGAGAAAUAAAAAAAAUUAAUGGAAAUUGUGCCAUUCACCGAUGUAGAUAUAAAUAA